CCGCCGUGACUCAGCGGCGCGGAGCGGAGCCGGGGCCGGUAUUUCCUGUUCGCCGCCGGGCCGGCAGCGGCACCGCAGCCCCGCCAGGCGCGGGGCGGGGAGGGAAGAGAAGGGAAGGGAAGAGAAGAGAAGGGAAGGGAAGGGAAGGGGCGGCGGCUGCAGGUGGGGCCGCGCUUCGCACCCCCCCCCCUCCUUCUCCGUCCCCUCCCCGUGCACAGGCACGGCCCGGCCCGGCUCCUCCGCCCCACCUGGGGGCGAGGCCGGCACCUGCGGCGGGGUGGGAGCCGCGGAGCCCGCCCCGAGCCCCGGCAGGAAAUCGCCCGGCGGGGCGGCAGCGCAGCGCAGCGGGACCCGCGCUCCUCGGCGGGGCACGGCACCGGCACCGCGACGGGACGGGACGGGACAGGACGGGACGGGAGGAGGCGUGAGGCCAGCGGCUGCCCGCCCUCUGCCGCUGCACCGGGGCGACCUCCGCGAGCAGUUACGAAAACUUUUCAUCAGAAAAGAGGUGUAUCGUUCAUUGAACAGGGAGCACAGUGUGGCUUUGCCGUCUCCGUGCGAGUGGGACUGGGAGCAGAACUGCACCUCGCGCCCGGAGCAUCUCGCAGCAAGUAGACCAAGACUCUCAAACAGCAGCAUUCCUCACAAGGCCCCAGGCAUGGAAGAGCUGAUAUGGGAACAGUACACUGUGACCUUACAAAAGGAUUCAAAACGAGGAUUUGGGAUUGCAGUUUCUGGUGGCAGAGAUAACCCACAUUUUGAAAAUGGUGAAACUUCAAUAGUCAUUUCAGAUGUUCUCCCAGGUGGCCCAGCAGAUGGAUUACUUCAAGAAAAUGACCGGGUGGUCAUAGUUAAUGGGACUCCAAUGGAAAAUGUUCCACAUUCUUUUGCAGUCCAACAGCUUAGGAAAAGUGGAAAAGUGGCCACCAUUGUAGUGAAAAGACCACGGAAAGUGCAGGCAGCUGCUUUGAGGAGAAGCCCCUCCCUUGACUAUGAGGACAGAGCUUUAGAUGUAAUGGAUGACCAUGCAGAUUUCGAUGGCAAAAGUGCUCGAAGUGGCUACAGUGAAAGAAGCUGGCGUAGUGGCAAUGGAGGGCGCAGCCAAAGCUGGGGAAACAGCCUGGAUCAGAGCUAUAGAGAUGAUGAGGACAGAGGGCGCAACAAAAGCAGAGACCGUAGCAGGGAAUACAGCCGUGAUCGCAGUCGUGGUAGGAGUGUUGACAGGAGCUUGGAUCGAGACUAUGGAAGAGAUCGGAGCAGGGGAAGGAGCAUCGACAGAGAUGGUGGCUAUGAACGGGACUACAGAGGAGACUACAGCCCACCCAGUUACAGCCAUGGAUCGCAGCCUGAUCCUAGAUACGUGAGGGAGGUGAGGAGCCGAAGUAGAGACAGGCUUCGUUCCCGUAGUCCUUCGCCUGAAAUGCACCAUCAACAUGAGUACCUAGGACCGCAGGAUCAGAAUGGACCCAUCAGUGUUCUCUUAACAAAAGGCAAACACAAUGAGGAAUAUGGUCUUCGGCUUGGAAGUCAGAUCUUCAUAAAAGAAAUGACCAGUACUGGCCUAGCCACAAAAGAUGGCAACCUUCACGAAGGGGAUAUCAUUCUUAAGAUCAAUGGGACAGUGACAGAGAAUAUGUCUUUAUCUGAUGCCCGAAAAUUGAUUGAGAAGUCACGGGGAAAGCUACAGCUGGUUGUCCUCAGGGACAGAAAGCAAACACUGCUCAACAUUCCUUCACUGAACGACAGCGACUCAGAAAUGGAUGAUAUUUCAGAAAUAGAGUCAAACAGAUCAUUCUCCCCUCAAGAUGACAGAUUACAUCAUUCUGAUGUUGAUUCACAUUCAUCCAAUGAAAAACUAAAAGAGAAACCAAAUGCAAAAGAUGAUUCAUCUAGUAGGAUGUCCAGGAUGGGUGCCAUGCCUACACCAUUUAAAUCGACUGGUGACAUUGCUUCUGCUGCUGUCACAGUUGUAGACACAAACAAAGAACCAAAGUAUCAAGAUGAUACAGCAGUGUCUCAACCCAAACCAGUUGCAAGAACAAUUCUUAAACCCAGCCCUGAAGAUGAAGCAAUAUAUGGUCCUAAUACAAAAAUGGUGAGAUUCAAGAAAGGGGACAGUGUGGGUCUACGACUGGCUGGUGGAAAUGAUGUUGGGAUAUUUAUUGCUGGAAUUCAAGAAGGGACCUCAGCCGAUCAGGAAGGACUGCAGGAAGGAGAUCAGAUUCUUAAGGUAAACACUCAAGACUUCAGAGGCAUUGUUCGGGAAGAUGCUGUUUUAUACCUCUUAGAAAUUCCCAAAGGUGAAACAGUGACAAUUCUGGCUCAAAGCAAAUAUGAAGUCUACAGAGACAUCAUGGCUUGUGGCAGAGGAGACUCGUUCUUCAUCAGAAGCCACUUUGAGUGUGAUAAAGAGUCACCACAGAGCUUAGCCUUCACCAGAGGGGAGAUCUUUAGAGUAGUUGAUACACUGUAUGAUGGCAAACUGGGAAACUGGCUAGCUGUGAGAAUUGGAAAUGAACUUGAAAAGGGCCUCAUUCCAAAUAAGAGCAGAGCUGAGCAGAUGGCCAGUGUUCAAAAUGCUCAGAAAGAUGGCUCAAGUGACAGGGCAGACUUCUGGAGAACACGUGGCCAGCGAUCUGGAGGGAAAAAGAAUCUGAGGAAAAGUCGUGAAGAUCUGACAGCUAUUGUAUCCGUGAGCACAAAAUUCCCAGCUUAUGAGAGAGUUCAGUUGCGUGAGGCUGGUUUUAAGAGACCUGUUGUGAUAUUUGGACCUAUUGCAGAUGUUGCUAUGGAGAAGUUGUCAAAUGAUUUGCCUCACCUAUACCAGACAGCAAAGACGGAGCCCAGAGAUGCAGGUUCAGAGAAGUCAACUGGGGUAGUGCGAUUGAACACUGUGAGGCAAAUCAUUGAACAGGAUAAACAUGCUCUCUUGGAUGUGACUCCUAAAGCAGUGGAUCUCCUAAAUUAUACCCAGUGGUUUCCAAUUGUAGUCUUCUUUAACCCAGACAGUAAGCAGGGUGUGAAAAUCAUGAGACAAAGGUUAUGCUCCACAUCUAACAAGAGCUCAAGGAAGCUUUAUGAGCAAGCAAACAAGCUGAAGAAAAAUUGUUCCCACCUCUUCACAGCCACCAUCAAUUUGAAUUCAGCCAAUGACAGCUGGUACGGUAGUCUGAAAGACACAAUUCAGCAACAGCAAGGUGAAGCAGUAUGGGUAUCAGAAGGAAAGAUGGAUGGCAUGGAAGAUGAUGCAGAUGAUCGCAUGUCUUACCUUACUGCCAUGGGUGCUGACUAUUUGAGUUGUGAUAGUCGGUUGAUCAGUGACUUAGAAGAUACAGAUGGUGAAGGAGGUGCAUACACCGACAAUGAACUUGAUGAAACCAUGGAUGAACCAAGGAUUUCAUCUGUUAGCCGGUCCUCUGAACCUGCGCAUCACGAGGAGAACAUAAGGAAACUUAGCUCAGAACCAAGAGCUCAGCUGAGGAAAGCUGGUAGCAGAGAGAUCCUUAGAGAACCUAGUCCACCUCCAGCGUUCAAGCCAGAACCACCUAAGGGGAAGUUACAAAACAAAGAGGAUCAAUAUGACAUCCCCAAAAACUCUGACUCCAAAACAAGUAGCAUCAAUGCCAGCAGUGAGACUUCAACUGCAUCAGUUAAAGCAGCACCACCAGUUUCUGCGAAACCUGCUUUUGGACGGCCUAUCCUAAGAAACACUCAGCAAGCAGUCCCAGCUGCAGAGGAAGAGGAGGAAAAGUUGGAAGAGGAAGGAAGUGAACAAGAAAAUACUCCAAAGUCUGUACAGAGGAAAGUCAAAAUAUUUGAGGAGAUGAAUCAGAAGGCAAAGAUUCAAAGAAUGCAAGAGUUACAAGAGGCCCAGAAUGCCAGGCUUGAAAUAGCCCAGAAGCACCCGGAUAUUUAUGCUGUCCCUGUCAAAACACAGAAGUCAGAACAGAAUUGGCCCCAACCCAUGAGCUGCCGUCCUCCAGAACCACAGAAACCUCCUACCAGACCUUACCUAGAGAAUCGUGGCAGUUGUGGCAGUGAUGCAGAGGAGGAGGAAGAGUACCGCCGGCAGCUAUCAGACCACUCUAAAAAGGGGUACUAUGCACAGCCAUCCAGAUACAGAGACACAGAACUGUAGGCUUUCUAGUAUGUGAAGUAUAACGCUGUUUUGAGGUUCUCUUCUUUCACAGCCAAAGUGGAGCAGUAGUUAGUCUUGAGAAGCUAUAUUUUUGUUGGGGAUAAUUAGUUGGUAUGCUACACAACCUAGACAUAUCCAUACGCUGAAACUGGAAGACUUCAUUUUUUGGGGAUAUUAUUUUGUUAGCAUCUAAGAAAAGAAAUCACUAUUGCCUAAAUGCUGUUGCCUGUUUUACAAGGACCAAAUCCUGUUUAAAAGUUUGUGUUAAUUCUUAGUACCUUAAUACUUUAACACAAUGAAAACCUUUUCUUUUUUCCUUUUAUUAAUGCUGCCUUUUGGGGCUGUUUGGCUGUGUUAUGAAAGUAUGAUCUGGGAGAUACACUUCUUGAUGCAAUAGAACUAAAUUUGAAAGUGUAUUUAAAGAACAGUAAGUGCCUUUAACAAGAAGCAUUUUAAGUUGUGCAUUUUGACAUCUGAUACUUGUGCAAAGUCAUAACACGCUAAAGGGGGAUUGACACUUUUACCUAACUUUUGUAUCAGUUUAAUGGCAACAAUUUACCUUGCGUGUUGUUUUUCUAAGUUCGUAGAUGUAUAUGCAAUAUUUCAUAAAUUCUGACUGUACAUAAUAAAGGUGCAAUUGACUAGGUUGGUUGGAAAAGACCAGGAUGUGCUGAAACUGAGAAAAUGAUGUAGAAAUUCAAUCAUGUAUUAAAAUUUACACAAACUGCAAAUAAUAAAGAAUAUAUUCUAGACAAA